UACGCGGCAAUUGGGAAAAAAUUAUUCAAGUGGCGUUUUCUUGUUUUCGAAUAAAUUACAAAGCUAGCUUGAAAAACUGAUGGAAAUACAACGGAACGCAUUCUUAAGCAUCUCGUGAGUCAGUCGCGCUCGGCAGUUAUCAUCUGAUAGGGUUUAUCAGUGUAAACAACUAAAUUAGAGCGAAAUAUGUAUAGGUGCGUCUGUUCGUUUCUUGCCGAUAAAUCGAGAACAACAUGGCAACCAAAACGAAAACCGUAAUUGAUCGCAGGAGCCUUUGGGUCGUCAUAGCGACGGUGAUCCUCAUAGUCCUCAUUGUGAUAUUAGGCGUGCUAGUGCACUUGUUCGUGGAAGAGACGCUGGCCAGAAUAAUUUUGAUUGCUUUGAUAUGCCUUCUGAGCGUUUUGGGCGUCGCCGUCGUCACCUACCUGGAGUUACGCAAGCGGAAACUAAACAGUGCGAAAACGACCGCAAAGAACGGAUAUUACUACAACAACAUCCACCCUAACAACGCGCCCAAAGACACCAACUGGGAAUACAACGACAGGACUAGAGUGCUAUGACAGUUUUAUCCAAAUAAUAUAAUUUUGAUACGCCGGUUUUUAAAACAAUUUUAUCAUAACGCCCGGGCAAUUGUUCCUACCU